UAUGUUAAUGGAAAUGUUAUAAAAUCUUCAACCCUGUCUCUUCCCAUUAUGAACCCAGAAUCCAAGAUGGCUGCCUAACAUCAUCACAGCAUUUUGCUGCACAGGAAAGUUUCACUUAUCAGGAGUUUCCUCCCCUGUGUGAUCACGUCCCGCCUCUGCGCGCGCCACAUAAAUAGCUAGUUCCGACAAUCUGGACCGCUCCACGUUUCAUUUAUCUCCCACACCCGGAGUGUACACAUAAGGCACAUGCUUUAAGACACUGCUGUCUGGGCUGAAAGCUCGAGAAGUUUUUCAUUUCUCCACCACUCGUCAUGUCCACCGGCUCCAUCAGCGACGCGGACGAGUUCCACGACGCGGAACUGCUAGACGGUCUGCUGCCGUUCGGCUCGGGCGGAGACACGGCGGCAGGCGCGUCACGCGAAAGCGCAGAGGACAGCUCGAACGGCGAGGGAUCCGCGACCACCGAGCUCAGCGGGCACGCGCCGGGCAAGCGGCGCAAAACAGCCGCGUCCUCGCGCAGAGCGGUGUCCGGCGGAGGUGGCGGCGGCGCGGUCGUGGCGGCGGCCCACGAGGGCAAACAGGUCCAGAGGAACGCGGCGAACGCGCGCGAGAGGGCGAGGAUGCGCGUGCUGAGCAAAGCGUUCUCGCGACUGAAGACCACGCUGCCGUGGGUACCACCGGACACCAAGCUGUCCAAACUGGACACACUGCGACUCGCCUCGAGUUACAUCGCCCACCUGCGCCAGAUCUUAGCCAACGAUAAGCACGAGCACGGAUACAUCCAUCCCGUUAACCUGACGUGGCCGUUCAUGGUGGCGGGGAAACCGGAAAACGAGCUUAAAGAGAUGCUGAACUCCACCAGAUUAUGCGGCACCACCGCAUCCUGAGAGGACUGUAACCCUAAAACACGGACAAGGUUUUUUUUUUUUUUUUGAAUAUAGAUAUAUUCCGGGUUUUUUUUUAAUGUACCGAAAGCACAUCAUCUCUUGUUCAAAGCGAGGAGGCUGGAGGUGGGAAUUACCGGAGGGACCAAGCAGCGACGCGCCUUCCUGUACAGAGAAACUGUAUUUCUUAUUUAAAACAGCUCGCAUUUCUUUCCUUGCUGGUUCGAGGAAGUACAAUGUGUGGUCUUAUGCAAUUUUUCUAUCUAGAUGAAUCUAGCUUAAUCACUUUUUUAAUGCAAAAACAUAUGUAUAUAGGCUAUAUAGAUAAGCUUUAUGCUUUUGGUGACGUAUGUUGUCUCCAAGUGCAACUUGCUGCAGCGUAAACAUUUUGGAAGGACAGCAUUAUAUUGUGAAUAAAAUAUUUGGAUAUUUGA